CAUGGCUGCAAAUACCAGGCGGGGGCGUGCAACUGCUGAGAUCCUCCCUCCUCGACUCCCCUCGCCCUCCAAUCUAUGUUGGCCAAGGCUGAGAAUAGAACUGGAGUCAAGUUCCUGCACACAGAUGGAGAGAAAUACUGUGCAAGUGAAGAGUGGACAGGCAGGUUAAAUAAGAACAGACAAGGCAGUUUCAGUAAAACACGAAGCCUAUGCAACAAAAGGAAGAGUGAGAGGCAGAAUUAUAAAGAGGUGCUUGACAGCGUUACUGGAUCCCCCCUUCUGAGAGAGCAGCAGUGCCUGCGAGUGCUGAUCUUCUCCCUCCUCGCAGGAUGAUCAAUAACGAUUAUCUGAUUGAGUGCAAGUUGGAUCCAGAAGACCCUCAUUUGCAGGAGCCGGGAUCUCCCAUGUUCCUGCAGUCCGCUAUCAACACACCACCCAAAGCAGACCCUCGGGACCCGCGUGGGAUCAACCAGCACCUGAAGGUAACAAAGGGAGCUUACCUGCCUGAUUUGGGGUGGGGUGGGGAUGCCUAAAUUCUGACUUCCUAAAAUCUAAGGGUGCAGCUCUCUCCUACCCACCCAAGGUGGGAGGUGUAUCCUUGUUCACCCCCAAACUCCUCCCAGCCCUUCACCUGCAGCACAACCGAUUCUUCUCCACCCCCUUUGCUGAUUGCUGCUCCUUACAUGCCCCAGAACCACACAGAAGGAGACGGCAUGGGUCCUCCUGGUCCCAAGAUGCUUUGCUCUGCCUCACAACAUUCUCUCUCUUUGCUGGAGAAUCUUCAGUGACCAGAUUCCCUUGUUCUUCCCGGCAGCUGGAAUUCUCCGACAUUCUUGCUGAACCUUCCUCGUUUCGCAGCUUUGACCGGGUUUGGACCUGGAGUGACAUCGUCUUUGAGAGUUCGCGCCUCUGGUGCUACCGCAUCAUCUCGCUGCUGUGUGCUGUGCCCGUCUCCCUGUUCUCGGGCUUUCUCUUUGCCUGCCUAGGCUGCCUGCACAUCUGGUGAGGGUCUGCCCCCUUUGCUCUGCCUCCUCUUGCCCCUUGGCUCUGCCAAGGCCCUUGGCUCACGACCAGCCUCUUGCUUCCAGUUGGUUGCAUAUUCAUUGACCAUUAGCAAGGCUAAUUCUAGUGGUUACCUGGGGAAACUACCAACAGGAGGAAGCUGUGUUACUCUAACACAGACUUUGCCAAGCUCCAGGCCCUUUGGACUACAACUCCCAUCAGCCUCAUUGCUGGCUUGGGCUGAUAGGGGUUGUAGUCCAAAAUGUCUGGAGGGCACCAGGUUGGCAGAGGCUCUUCUAGCACUUUGACUUGUCCUGUAGUUUUGUGGGUGCUUCAGGGAGUGGACUAAUAAUGGCAAACAAAUCUCUUAAAAGACACUUUGCCAAACACUUAUCCCAGAGGGAGUUGGUGUUAAAGUAUGUGUCGCAACCCACAUGCGUGUCCAGCACUCACAUGUAUUCAUACACACACCAGUGAGAGGUUUGGGGUCUUCAUUUGUGUGCAGGCGAAGUGAGUUUGUUGCACAAGACUGCCAAAUCCACUUUUAAAUGCACAACCUGAAUUUGCCAGGAUGUGACUGAAUCUGAUCUGCAAAAUAGCAAUACAGUGGUACCUCGGGUUACAUACGCUUCAGGUUACAGACUCCGCUAACCCAGAAAUAGUGCUUCAGGUUAAGAACUUUGCUUCAGGAUGAGAACAGAAAUCGUGUGGCAGUGGCACAGCAGCAGCAAGAGGCCCCAUUAGCUAAAGUGGUGCUUCAGGUUAAGAACUGUUUCAGCUUAAGAACGGACCUCCGGAACGAAUUCAGUACUUAACCCAAGGUACCACUGUACACUAGAUCUGGAAGCACCUACUGUUUGUGUGAUGUCCUUGUUCUGCUAGUUGGGGGAGCAGAUAAGUACUGUCUGCCUAAAACUGAUAUGAGGAAUGGAGGAAUCUGAAGACAGAAAUGCUAAAUAAAUUGGUCACUUGGUGGGACCCAGGAAAAGAAGGACAUGAACCAGAAAGGAGCCUUCCUUCUUUCAAAAAGUUGGAAGAAUGGUAGGCAUCUUCUGGAGCUGUCUGAGGCUGCACACAGGGUUGUAUCCAGUGCUAGGCCUACACAAAGUAGACCCACUGAAAGUCAUGGACCUAAGUUAGCCAUGUCCACGCAUUUCUACGCUUUUUUAUUAUUCUUUAAAAAAUGUAUUUAUUUAUUUGAAAAUGUGUAUUUUAAAUCUAGAUCAAGAUUAUCAAUAUCGCUUACAAAAGAGAACCAUAAAACAAAUAUAAAACAUUUCUACUCUGAGUAGGACUAGUGUUGGCUACAACCCCUGGUCUCUGGGUUGCAGGUUGCCUGCCUGCAGUCGAAGACAUUCUUAUUAACAAUGCUGUAGGUGAGUAUAUAUUGGCCCUUAGGUUGCCUAACUGGAGUCUAAAUGUUGGGUGCUGUGUUGCUUCCUGGAGGCUGCCAGCCACAUCUCUCCCCUCUUCCUCUCUCAGGUGUGUGAUGCCCUGUAUCCAGCUCUGCACAAUGGCAAUGCCUCCGGUUCGCACCCUCUGGGCCAGCAUCCUGGAUGUUGUGGUGGCCCCACUUUUCACCAGUCUGGGCCGCUGCUGCAGCGCCAUCUACCUCACCGUUACUGAGAAGUGACACAGAGACGCCGCCUCCCCCCUCCAAGACCCACGUGCCAAAGACUUUCCUUCCCAUUUCACUCAGAUCCACUAAACAGGCUGAAUUUCACAGCAGAGAGUAGAACUCACAGGGAGCUUUUAGACUUGGGUCAGAAAAGGGGAAUUGUGGGCGAGGGAGCAGGUCAGAGGGAAGGAAAACAAGGAGGCCAGAGGACGAGGGGAAUGGUGCUUCAGAGAGAAGUCUCAAAAUGAAACAUCCGUAUUCUAUUCUCUUAUUGUCAUGACCCUGCUUUGUCCAGACCUGCAGAAAGAAUUCCACAUUAUUCUAGGGGUGGGCUCUCCAUAGUCCUCCCUGUGAUCCUUGGAUGAAGGGUGGUCUACAUUUUUUAAUAAUAAUAAGAAUAAUAAUAAUAAUAAUAAUAAUAACAACAACAAUAAUAAUAAUAGGUGAGGAACUUUCAAAACUACCCUCCUCCGUCCCUGAGAUUCUAGCUGGCUCAUCUGUCGGUUAGUAUCUCAGAGACAAGGAUGGGGAUCCACCUGGCUUUGCACACAAGACGGUCUCCGGCUACUGGCCAUGCUGUCUGGGGCUGAUGGGAGCUCCAGCCAUCUCUGGCCUAACCCUGACUGACAGCCCACAUAAGAAUCUCCUCCAGGAAAAGUAACGCUGGGAUUAGCCUUCUGACAUUUUGCAUGGGGGGGGCGGCAGGAGGGGGACUAGGGCAACUCCAGACCCAGCGCUGGGCUCUGGGAGAAGAUAUGUUCAUUUCUGGGGGAGGCAGCCCCCGCUCCCUCCAGCCCCUCCUCCCACAGCAAUCGCUGAAAUGUAAAGCUCUGUCGUCGUCUCCCCCUUUAUUUAAUAAAACAAAAAAGUUGAUUUGCUUCCC